AUUCUGCCGGCUUCAGACCUGGUGGGCGCACCCCGAGGCAGAGGCGCCCACCCCUCCUGAGCCCCGAGAAAGUUCUGAGUAGGGGAGGUCUCACCUGUAUCGGAGCUGAAGGACCGGUGGAGAGUAAGAGUCCUUGUCCCCAUCCGCAUCUCGAGCCUUUGCACGAAUGGGAAGCCCGGGCUCCCCUGCGAUGGCCACUGCUCGGCCGAGCCCCGCCAGGGCCACAAGCGGACUCUGGAGCUCUGCUCGCUAGCCAAGCGCAGUACCUCUCUUUACUCCGGAUCCGCAAUGGGGAGCAGCGGAUCGGCGCUGAGGGUCUGUGCGGGCCACCGCGGGGGCAUCAACUGGUUGAGCCUGAGCCCGGAUGGGCAGCGCCUGCUGACCGGCAGCGAGGACGGCACGGCCCGCCUCUGGAGCACCGUGGACGGCCAGUGCUGCGCGCUCCUGCAAGGACAUGAGAGCUAUGUGACUUUCUGCCAACUGGAGGAUGAGACUGCCUUCACCUGUAGUGCUGACUGCACCAUCCGGAGCUGGGACGUGAGGACUGGGCAGUGUCUGCAGGUGUACCGGGGGCACACAUCCAUUGUGAACAGGAUCCUAGUUGCCAAUGACCAGCUCUUCAGCAGUUCCUACGACCGGACAGCUCGUGUGUGGACUGUGGAUAAAGGACAAAUGUCCCAAGAGUUCCGGGGCCACCGUAACUGUGUACUGACACUAGCCUACUCUGCUCCCAAGGACCUGCCCAGAGAUCCCUGCUUGGAAGCAGCCAUGGGUGGUGGGCUCCUAGUGACUGGCAGCUCCGAUGACACAGCCAAGGUGUGGCAGGUGGCCAGUGGCUGCUGCCACCAGACACUUCGGGGCCACACCGGUGCAGUACUGUGCUUGGUGCUGGAUGUCUCCAGUCACACGGCCUUCACAGGCAGCACUGAUGCCACCGUUCGUGCUUGGGACAUCCUGAGUGGGGAGCAGCUACGGGUUUUCCGGGAGCACCAGGGCUCUGUCAUCUGUCUGGAGCUCACAGAUCGACUCCUGUACUCGGGCAGUGCAGACAGGACUGUUAAGUGCUGGCUGGCUGACACUGGGGAGAGGGUGUGCACCUUCUCAGCACAUAGACACAGCGUGAGCGCCCUCAAGUACCACGCAGGCACCUUGUUCACAGGCAGUGGGGACGCCUGCGCCCGGGCCUUUGAUGCCCAGUCAGGAGUGCUGCAAAGGGUGUUCCGAGGCCACACCUUCGUCAUCAACUGUCUCCAGGUACACGGCCAGGUGCUCUACACAGCAUCUCAUGAUGGUGCUCUGCGCUUCUGGGACGUACGUGGUCUCCAGUCAGUGCCACCUUUGCCACGCAGGCCAUCAGCUAAGCGCAGCCUGUCACGCCUCUUCAGCAACAAGGUGGCCUGUGCAGCCCCAGGGCCCCUACAACCAGCCUGAGGGCCUGGAGAGGGGACGAGGGACCGAGGGAGGCGUGGCUUGUUUUGCAGUGGCCUGUAGCAGGGCAUGUACCUGGCCUUGUGACCUUUCUCACUGUGGAGGAAGGGAAGGUGCUUCUUGCCCUCACUCUGAAUCAAAGGCCUUGCUACCUGGAUACUUCUAGCCAAGGCAGGGCCUCCAGCUCUCAUAGCUGAACCCCAUGCUCACAGGCUCUCUCAGCUGAGAGAAAAUGGGGACUUCUUACAAAAACCACGGAGCUAGACUGUUACGGUGGCAAAUGAUGAAGAACUCAAAUACACGCUCUAAGUGCUCCAAGUCGUCUUUGUUGACUUCCUUUUGGAGGCUGCUGCCACAGCUGUGACCUCCAACACCUGGACGGUCAUCUCCCUCCUAAGAGGGCUUAUGAAGCAAGGUCAUCUGUACAGCAGUGGCCUUAGGAAAGGACAGGAAGCAAGGGACCAGCUCUUCAACCAGCCUGUUUGACAGGAGGUCCUUCUACCCUGGAGCACCCGCCACUUCUGGAGAUUAUUCCAUGAGUUCUCUUCUGUCAGUCUGGAGUUGAACAGCUGGGCAGAAGCAUCUGGUCUUAUGCAGAAAUGAUAAUAGUAUGCCAGAUGUGGUGGACUCAUCGACACCCGUAGGAGCCAUGCGGGCUGGAGAUAUGGCUCCGUGGCUGAGAGCAUGCACUGUUCCUACAGAGGACAGGAGUUUGAUGUCUAGCUCCUGUGUUGAGCUGUCAGGGCCAUCAGUAACUCUAGUUCCAGCACAGCAAACGCCCUCUUCUGGCCUCCAACGCACUUGCACCCACAAUACACAGACACACAUACAAUUUAAAAGUUAAAGAUAUAUUUUUCCUAUUGAUUUAUUGAUUGAGACAGGGUUUCUCUGUGUAGCCCUGGAUGUCCAGCAUUCUCUGUAGACCAGGCUGGCCUUAAACUCAGAGACCCACCUGCCUGUGCCUCCCUGUGCUAGGAUAAAAGGUGCACACCACUUUUUUUUUUUUUUUUAAACUACUGCUAUCUUCCCUAGAUAGAACCCUUCUAGGAGGGCUGGCAGGAAGGAUGUUCUGACUGUCUGAGCCUCCCUCAUUGUGGAGCUUGUGAUGGGUCGCUGUAUGUUCUGGGGAAAGCACUGGGAUGUUUUGCAUUGGUCCAGCACAGCCAUUGGUUUCUACUUCUCCGGCUCGGAGACCCUGGCUUCAUGCCGAGGAUGUGAGGGGCCCUGUGCUCUGCAGGUUCCUGGCAGCUGCAGGCUGCAUGUGUGAAGCUGUUAGAUGCUGAGCCACAGGUCCACGGUGGACACACCAGGAGGGAGUGUAGUUCAGUGGUAGAGUGUUUGCUCAGCCUUUGAGAGGAAGAAAGCAGGGUGACACAUGUUUAGCUGGCCAGAGGAAGGAACGGGAACUUUCUAUCAGAUGCUUGGCUGCGAGAACAGACUAGUAUGUGUGUGACCGGGGCAGACAUUUAACAAGUGACACGAUCAGCAUCAAUGACACCAAGCCCAGGACCUCGCUGCACAGCUUUAGGCUGACUUCGUCCCCCAUAACUAUCAUUCAUGCCUGCCUUGUCCUCCAGCCUCUGGGUGUCCUGCCACAUCCAGUCUAGUUUCGGCCUGCUUUGUGGGGCUCUGUGAAAGGUCUUGGUAGCCUUUUACCGUCAUUCCUCUCCUCACAGCACAGCCUCCUGGUGCAUCCAGAAUCAUUGCCCUCCUAAAUCACUCUCUCCUGUCUCUCUCUCUACCCUGUCCAGAACAGAAUUUGUACCAAUUCUAAGCCCAGCCCAUUGGCUGCUCACUCUCCAGGUUCAGCUCUCCGGCAUGGCCGCAGCACUUCCCAGGCCAGAGCAUCUUGCUGGCAGUGUUUGCCCAUGGCCCUCCAGUCCUGCGCACCUCCGUGUAGGUGCACACAGGUAGUCAGGCCUGCUGGCAUGGCAGUGCCACCCUGGCUUUCGGUAUUCUCCACUGGCAUUCAAACAGUGGGAAGCCAGCAAGCACAGUGGCGCCAUUCCCAGGACAAUUCUUGGUUGACCAGUAGUUUCAAGGCAACGCCCCUCACACUGCACUUGUGAAGACAGACUCUGGUGGCCUGCUUCAAAACCCUUCCCUGAGACUUGCUCAUUCCUGGUCGUACCCGAACCCUGAUUUUCCCUGUGGAUGCUGGAGGUAGAGCCCACAAAGGCCCCACACAGGCUCUGCUGCAGAACCACACUCCAGCCUCCAUGGUGCUUUUGAGGGCUACGCACCCCUCACUCCCAACACAGAAUGGAAAGACGCAUAGACAAGCAGGAAGCGACUCAGUGCAUUAGACGGAGACGAAGACGCUCAGUGCACCCACGUUUAUUCCCAUCAGCAUCACUCACUUCCAGAGAACAGCAAGGGGGCCACCACGCCUGACAACUUAGGUUCAGUCCCUGGUAUCCGCACGGUGGACAGAGAACCAGUUUCCACACAGUCUAACCUCCAGACUUGUGCUAUGGUAUGUUUGUCCCACCCCCCACACAAACAACUGUGUAAUUAAAAAAAAAGCUAGAGACGAUCAUACUUGUCCAGUUUAGUGGGCUGCCAAGGCUCCAGGUGAGAUGAAAAGCUCUCAGGAACAGUCACACUUGGCCCACGCCACAUCUGGCUGCUACCAUGCCUGGGUGCUGGAAGGCUAUCUGCCUGGUCCACACCCAGGACGAAGCAAGCACCGGCUGACAGCCCCCUUCUGUGAGCCAGCUACAGGAAACCCAGGGACAGCCCCGAGAAAGCAGACCGCAUUCUCAGGUUCUUGGCUGACAAUAAGCUUUCAGUCUAGAGAUGCUAAUUAAAAAUGACUUGCUGUCGCUAGCAUUUAAAACUUCCAUUUAAUAAAAGAUUUUUCAUUUUGUAUGAGGAA